AUGAAAAGUCAAUAAGGAUAUCUAUCAGAAGUCGACAUAAAUUAGAAUCAUAAAAAAUACAGUAGUCGUUAUAAAAUGGUGAAUGAGAAGCGUAAUUCAAUGUUAGUCUCAUUGGUGCAACCUAAUCGAAAAAAUCUGAAUAAAUCAUUUGUUCCUGAAUUAUAGGAGAUGCCAAUGAAAUAACGAAGAAAUAGUUAUUAAGAGGGUAUUUCAGGAUAGAAAAUGAGUCGAUUAAAUUGUCUCUACCCUCAAACUAUUUGUAUGCAACAUGCUUUGUAGAAACCAAAGAUAGACAAUAAGGCUACACUGCGUAAGGCUGUGAAGAGAGCUUCGAUCAUGAUGACAACAGUGAAAUAUUGGAAGGAUCAUUCUUACAAGAAAAUCGAAGUUCCAGCAAUGAUUAAAUCUAUCCAUACUAAAGAUAAUUGUUUAUGUGAUCGGAAUGCAUUAACAACUCGGAGUGUGAAAAAGAGUGAAUUACCUCCAGUGCUUCUCAGUUAAUAUAGAAUCAAAAACAACGAACGACUAAUUCAAUACAGUCGAGAUAGAACUGCAGACAAGACUAAGUCAGUUAGUCAUCAUUUUUCAAAUCUCUAUACUCAUUCAAUCCCAGCUUUUUCUCCAAGAUAUAGCAUCCAAAAUGCUAAUAUCAGAAUAAAAUAGUGA